UCUGCACGGCACCGAGCGCCCCAAACCCGGAGCUCCGCGCUGGGAACGCUCUGGAUCCAGCCCCGGAUCCACCCCCAGCCCCACCUGGAGCUGCAGAACCCCGCAGCAGCUCCUGGAGACCGGAUUCGUCACCGAGGGGUCAAUCCCGGCUCCGAGCCCUCGGCUCCCGGCGCUCCCGCUGCGAAUCCCGGGAUGGAGCUGCUGGCUCCCGCCGCCCUCCUGGCCCUGCUGGCGCUGGCACUGGGACACCCCGACCCCGCGCUCCACCGGCACUGGGAGCUCUGGAAAAAAACCUACGGGAAGGAAUAUCAGCCCCAGGAGGAUUCUGUCCGUCGCCUGACGUGGGAGAAGAACCUGUGGCUGGUGACGCUCCACAACCUUGAGCACUCCCUGGGGCUCCGCUCCUACACGCUGGCAAUGAACCACCUGGGAGACAUGACCAGCGAGGAGGUGGCGGCUUCGCUGACGGGGCUCCAGCUCCGUCCCCGUCCCCGCGGGAAUUCUGCGCUCCAAGCCCGGUUCCGGCCGGCCCGGGACGUCCCGGAGGCGCUGGACUGGCGGGACAAGGGCUGCGUGACCGAGGUGAAGAACCAGGGCGCCUGCGGAUCCUGCUGGGCCUUCAGCGCCGUGGGAGCGCUGGAAGCGCAGGUGAAGCUGAAAACCGGGAAUUUGGUGUCCCUGAGCGCCCAGAACCUGGUGGAUUGCUCCGGGAUGUACGGGAACAAGGGCUGCGCCGGCGGCUUCAUGACAGAGGCGUUCCAGUACAUCAUCGACAACGGCGGCAUCGAGUCCGAGGAGUCCUAUCCCUACACGGCCCAGAACGGGACGUGCCGCUACAACGCCUCGGCCCGCGCCGCCUCCUGCUCCCGCUUCCUGGAGCUGCCCCAGGGCGACGAGGCCGCGCUCAGGGACGCCGUGGCCACCGUGGGCCCCGUGGCCGUGGCCAUCGACGCCACCCGGCCCGGCUUCUUCCUGUACCGCUCCGGGGUGUUUGACGACCCGCAGUGCUCGCAGGAGGUGAACCACGGCGUGCUGGUGGUGGGAUACGGCUCCCUGGAAAACAAGGAAUAUUGGCUGGUGAAGAACAGCUGGGGCGUGCAGUUCGGAGACGCGGGGUACAUCCGGAUGGCCCGGAACGCCUCCAACCUCUGCGGCAUCGCCACCUACGCCUCCUACCCGCUCAUCUAGCCUGCCCCAGGCUCCGGAAUUCCAGGGAUUCCAGCCCAGCAGGGAUCCUUCCGCUCCCAGGGUCCCUUCCCAGCGCCGUGGGCACCGUCCGGCGCUGGAUCCGUGGGCUGGGAGGGGAUGCCGGGAAGCGGGAAUGUCAUUGGGCAUCCAGGGAAUUCUUUUUUGGGGGGGAAAUUGGGGGUUUGGGAGUAAAACUGCGAUUCCUGCAGGGAUUGGCUGCAGGGAUAACAGGGAUUGGGUGCUGGGAUCAUUGGGAUCACAGGGACCAUUUGGCUCUGGUACCAGGAUCACAGGGAUCAGGUACCGGCAUAAUUGGGAACACGGAGAUCAUUUGGAUCAGGUACUGGGGUCACAGGGAUCAUUGGAAUCAUUGGGAUCGGAUACUGGGAUCACAGGGAUCGGGUACUGGGAUCACAGGGAUCGCUGGGAUCAGGUACUGGGAUCCCUCCUCCGGAGCUGCGGCAGUGCCGGACGUGGAUUUCUUCCCGUGUGGCGCUGCUGGAAUUGCAAACAUUCCAUGGGAAAUAAAAGAUUGCGUUUUGCUGCCUCAAAAUUCCGGUGUUUGGAGAUAAUCCCCAAAAAUCCAACAUUUGGUCUCUCCGUGGGGGCUCCGGCCACCCAGCAGCCAAGAAUUCCGUGUUGGUGGAUGGACAUCCCGAGGGAACAGCG